AUGGAAGCUGGACAAGAUAUGUCUUCAGUUGAACAAGUUGAACAAGUUCAACAAAAUUGUGAUUUCCAAAGUGAUAACGGUGGCGUAGAUAUGCCUGCUUCCAGUGACGCUCCAGUGGCAGUCGAUAAUAGUAGUGCUGAUGACAGAAAGUUAUUCGUUGGAGGAAUGCAUUUCCAAACCGGUGAGAAAGAAUUGAGGGAACACUUUGGACAGUAUGGUGAGAUCGAACACAUCAAAAUAAAAACAGAUCCAAUUACUGAACGGUCAAGAGGUUUCGCUUUCAUCGUUUUCAAAUCGGUUGAAGCAUUGAGCAAAAUUGAAUCAGCUGGCGAUCAUAUCAUCAACGGAAAAAAAGUUGACCCCAAAAAAGCAAAGGGUAGGCAGGGCAAAAUCUUCGUUGGUGGAUUAACGGCUGAGCUUACUGAUGACGACAUCAAAUGUCAUUUCGCACAGUACGGAACCAUAGCAGAAACUCAGAUGCCGUUCGAUAAGGUGAAAAACCAACGGAAAGGUUUCUGUUUCAUAACCUUCGAAUCUGAAAAAGUUGUAAGAGAUUUGAUUAAGAAUCCCAAACAAAUGAUUAAGGGGAAAGAAGUCGAUGUAAAACGAGCCAACUCUGAUUCCAACCAAAUGAGUGGACCAAUGAUGGGGGGACGAGGAGCCCGAGGUGGUGUUCAAAGAGGUCGCGGUGGUGUGCAAAGAGGUCGCGGUGGUGUGCAAGUAGGCCGCGGUGGUGUGCGCGGAGGUCGAGGUGGCAGAGGGGGUUUUGGAGGACCGGGAAUCCCUGGCCAACAGGGAUUUGAUAACGGCUAUGGAAAUGUCGGUGGAUACGGACAAGGUUAUGACUACUAUGGAGGUGCUGCUUUUGGAGGCUACGGCCAAAGGUACCAACCGUACUAA